ACACGAACGUGUUUGCGCAUCAGUUUUGGUUUGGUUCGGAACGGUGGAUGUCUAUCGAUUUCACGGUUGUGAUUUUUGUUUUGCUCUUUUCCGUGAAUCUGUUGUGAUUAUUUGAAUCGGUACUAUCAGCAGAGAUAAGUUGUGCAUUUGUAAGAAAACGACAAUAAAAACAUAUCGAAUAAAUUGAAGCGACCGGUGUGUACCACUGAGGUUUAACAGAACCUUAUUCUAUUGGAAAAGCAUCUCUCUCUCCUUUGUUCGCCAUGAACAAUUGCCGUAUCCUUGUCGACGUCGACUGUAGUCGCUUCGAAGAUGAUGCCUUCUCCCUGCUGGACCAAUCCCGCCAGAUCAAUGUGGUCGAGGACCUCAAGUCCUCUACGGUGUCCGCUUUCGAUCAAACAAGUUUCCCCCAUCUGAACAUAUCGUCCCGAACCCAGCUCAAGCAGCAAUUGCUGCGCGAGCAGCUGAGAAGCUGUGGCAGUGUGGAACGAAGUCCAUCGGUUUCGCCAUCGGUCUUCUCGGUGAAUCUACCCCUGGAAAACAUGGACAUCGAUCUGCCGAAGAAGGUCCUCCAGGUGGAGACCAAGCUGGAGAAUCCCACCCGGUACCACGUGAUCCAGAAGCAGAAGACCCAGGUGCGAGAGUACGUUACGGCCGCGCUGAAGCUGACCAAGCAACCAAUGCUGCGCGAAGGUGGCCACUCGCGGAUGCUAAUACUGGGCAAACUGUACGAUUCGUUCAUCAACGCGAAACCAGCCACCAGCGGUGGCAACAGCCAACCGCUUUCCCCGAUGGCAGGAACGGCUAGCACCAGCCUCGAGCAGCAGCAGGAGUGGAGACUCGAGAUGAAGCUCUCGGCCCGCUUCGGCAACAAGAUCUACAAAACGUUCAUCGAUGAGUUCGACUACAUCCGGGAUCUGCUGUGUCUCAUUCGCUUCGAAAUACCGAAGUGGGUGUUCGUGGUGACCGAGUUUGAGGGUGAGAUCUCUUCGUUUCAGAACUCGAAGGCCGCAGUGGUGGAGGAAAUGCUCAUGAAGCAGUCGCUCAGCUGCGAGAAGAACUCCAAGCACGAGAAGUUUAUCGAGCCGGAGGUGCGCGAUCGGAUCAAGAAGGAUAACCACAAUUGUAGUAUGUAUUCGGGGGGGUUCAGACGGGGUAUUGGUUGACCCGAGGGAGCUCGACCCUUGGAGCUGAGUUGUGGUAUAACGUGUUAGGGUGGAUAUAGAGAGGCUACUUCCCAGAAUACGCACAUCAAAAUAUGUUUUUCUCAUGAAAUACUCUUAUCUCUACGCUGCAAAGCAGAUUUUGUUUGUUUCCCGAGAUGGUUUUUUUUUCUCUUCAAUUUAUGUUCUAGCAGGUAGGGAUUGUGGCCGAUUUUCGAAGAUUCGAGGGUGGUCUAAAGAUGUGGAUUUCGUAGUUUGGUGAUGAUGUCAUCGGAGGACUAACGUCUGGUGCGUUUUUCAAGCGAACAUAUUAUGGACCCCUGUCAAUGGAUAAUGUGUACUCAAAUUGGUUCUGUAGUUGUGUAGCCAAUGUCUUCUUUCUAGUGAAAAUAACUGCAAAUUUUCGUUCCUCAAUAGA